GAUGUCAUAGUCAUAUUUGUUGCCUCUGUGUAUAGACUCAACGCCUCUCUCCCUUUCACUCAACUCUACCCUCGAUCCUCGAACUUUCCAAUACGGGUUGCGCGUUGGAUUCAAGAGUCGUUUCUUCUGCACCAGACGUCGUGACGUCGUCGGCUUGAAUGUCCUACUCCUUCACCUCCGAACCUGCACAGGCACUGGACACUCAAUCCUCGCUCAGUCAGGAUGCACAACCACAUCUCCAGGGACAGCGACAUGACAGAGUACAGCUCCAAGAAUCGGAGUUAGCUGCCAAUAUGUCGACCUCUCCUCACCUCGACAUAACCACCUCACAGCGCAUGGUCUCCGCCACCUGGGGCAGCGUCUUGACCUCACUACUAGUCACACCUCUCGAUGUAGUACGUGUACGACUACAAGCACAACAUGCUCCGACUCCCGUCAACCUUUCCCGCUUCGCAGCAUACUCUACCAAUUUUAAACAACUACCUCCCGACCUAGGUAUCAAUUCGUGUUGCCGAGAAGUCUUCUGGGUAGGGAACAAUGGACAAUUCUGUCUGGCCGGGAAUGCGCCGACACAUAUCGCGGAUGCAGCUGGACCGGAAUGUGCGGUGGAAGAGACCCAGCGGAAAACAUUCAAUUCAACUUUGGAUGGACUGAAAAAGAUUGCGAGGAACGAAGGAUAUACCACAUUAUGGCGUGGACUGUCUCCAACAUUGAUGAUGGCAAUUCCUGGCAAUGUCAUCUACUUUACAGGCUAUGACUGGCUCCGGUACAGUCAUGCCAGCCCGCUCAAGAAAUUAGCCAGCGAUGUUUAUGUCCCUCUUGUCGCUGGCUCUAUUGCCCGGAUAGCCGCAGCCGUCGCAGUCUCGCCGAUUGAAAUGUUCCGAACAAGGAUGCAAGCGACGACUGGAACUAGUGUUUUCAAAGAGACCUUGCUCGGAAUGCACCGAAUGACACAAACCCAGGGUUACACCUCUCUGUGGCGAGGACUGACUCUGACUAUGUGGCGGGAUGUACCCUUUUCCGGGAUAUAUUGGUGGGGAUAUGAAGCUGUACGGAACCGACUAACGGAUGCUCGGGAAGCUGCCAAAGGCCACGACCUCAGCCCCGCGAGAUCCUUGACGGGAGGACGAGAGUCCCAGGCGAAUGAGAGUCAUAUGACAACAUUCGUCGACAGCUUUCUGGCAGGCUCGGUUUCUGGUGCAGUUGCUGCAUUCGUCACAACGCCAUUUGAUGUUGGAAAGACACGUCAACAGGUUUACCAUCAUGCCGGAGAUGAUGCACCUUCAGUGGUGGCUGCCAAGCAACUUGCGAAGCAGGGCAAGUUGAUUCCCGAAGAAUUGUCGAUGCCGCGAUUCUUAUAUCACAUUUUCCACGAAGAAGGAAUGGCCGGACUAUUCAAAGGUUGGGCCGCACGGUGUAUGAAGGUCGCUCCUGCUUGCGCCAUCAUGAUCAGCAGUUAUGAGGUGGGGAAGAAAUGGGCACGGAGAGUGAAUGAGAAGAGAGAGCUCGGCAAAGCUGAAGCUUGAAGCCUGAAGUCUUUUGCUUUGCAAGGGGGCUUUUGUUCAUGUGUUUUUUCGUCUCGUUCAUGGGCUCUGGAGAGUCCUUGUGUGUGUCCUUGUGUGUUUGUAUCAUUACGGGCGGGAAACCUUUUCAUCUCCUGCAUAGCAAUGGCGUCUCUGGUGCUUGGAUUUUGGUUCUGCAUGACUUUUUGAGACUCUGAUUGUCUGUGUAUAUACGCGGCUCCUCGGCCUCUAUUCGACUCUGCCCAAUUAUGAAUGAAUAAUAAAAGACGACUUUGUCAGAUCGUACUGAGUUUUGCUUUUUAACUUUGAAUUGCUCAUGGAG